CCGCUCGACUUGGCUCGACUUUGGUUGCAUGAAAGUGAGCGUGUCUACUGCGACAAAAUGACGGAGCAAGAGGACGUCGACCAAUUUCACAAAAUGCUUCAUGAGACCGCCAAAAAGGCCCUAGAGGAUCUGGAUGAGGCGGCUCUGUUUGACCGUCCCUUGCUCUACUGCCACUUUGCUCAAGGCAUCGGCGAGCCCAAGUACAUGCCUGUAGAACGGCAAGCCGAGCUCAGUCGUCUGCUCACUGAAGCCUUGGACGGCUACAAUGAGUUGAACGCCGCCAUGAAUUUGGUCCUCUUUGAAGACGCCAUUGCCCAUAUCCUCCGCAUCAAUCGUAUCCUCGAGGCGCCUCGUGGCAACGCUCUGCUGGUCGGCGUCGGCGGUUCCGGCAAACAGUCGUUGUCACGCCUUGCCGCAUUCAUCAGUUCAAUUGACGUUUUCCAGAUCACUCUCCGCAAGGGCUAUGGUCUCACGGAGCUACGCGCUGAUCUGGCCGGUCUCUACACAAAAGCCGGUCUCAAAAACACCAGUGUAGUCUUUCUGCUCACCGAUGCUCAAGUGGCUGACGAGAAGUUUUUGGUGCUUGUCAACGAUCUGUUGGCCUCCGGUGAGAUUGCCGACCUCUUUGCUGACGAUGAAGUUGAGAACAUCUUGAAUGCUGUUCGAGGCGAGGUGAAAAAUCAAGGCCUUCAGGACACUCGAGAAAAUUGCUGGCGUUUCUUCAUCAAUCGUGUACGUCGUAUGCUAAAAGUGGUGCUCUGUUUCUCACCGGUAGGCUCAACUUUACGCAUGCGAGCACGCAAGUUUCCGGCUCUCGUCAACUGUACCAGCAUAGACUGGUUCCACGAAUGGCCUCAUGAGGCGCUGCUCUCGGUGUCCAGUCGUUUUCUGUCCAGCCUCGACCUUCUCUCCGGUGAGCUGAGACCAUCGGUGGCCGAAUUCAUGUCGUUUGUGCAUCAGUCCGUAAACCAGAUGAGCGCUGUCUAUCUGGCGAACGAAAGACGCUACAACUACACAACACCAAAGUCCUUUUUAGAGCAGAUUCAGCUCUACGAGAAUAUGUUGCGCAAAAAGAGCUCCGAGUUGCUGGCAAAAAUGGCUCGUCUUGAGAACGGACUACAGAAGCUGGAGAGUACAGCCCAACAGGUGGAUGAUUUAAAAGCCAAAUUGGCUGCUCAAGAGGUUGAGUUGGCCCAAAAAAAUGAGGACGCCAACAAAUUGCUGGCCAUCGUGGGUGCUGAAACAGAGAAGGUGACUGGCGAGAAGGAAGUGGCCAACUCGGAGGAGGAGAAGGUGGCCAAAAUCAAAAAAGAAGUCUCCAAAAAGCAGUCUGACUGUGAACAAGACCUGGCAAAAGCAGAACCGGCUCUACUGGCCGCACAGACGGCCCUGAACACGUUGAACAAGAACAAUCUUAGCGAAAUGAAGUCAUUCGGCUCUCCGCCUUCAGCGGUUGUCAACGUAACGGCUGCUGUGAUGUGCCUCCUGGCUCCCGGGGGCAAAGUACCCAAGGAUCGCAGUUGGAAGGCGGCCAAGGCCGGAAUCAUGAGCAAAGUUGACGUCUUCCUCGAUAGCCUGAUCAAUUAUGACAAGGAGAACAUUCACGAGAAUUGCCUGAAAGCCGUUAGCGACUAUCUGAAAGAUCCUGAAUUCUCACCUGAAUUUGUGCAAAGCAAAUCACUGGCUGCCGCCGGACUCUGUUCAUGGGCCAUCAACAUUGUCAACUUCUACAAG